AUGAGCUCUCGAUUCAAGUCCUUCGGUUUUGGCAACAAGCGCAAAAGCGGCUCCUCUCUCGCUCCUACAACCACCUCUACCAGCACGCCCAACGGGUCGCCCUCCCAGCCGUCGCCGCCUCCAGGCAACACAUCCAACCCAAACGCCUCGUCCGCCAGUCUCCCCAUGAACCCGCAGAAUCAUCUCGGCCGUCCGCCCAGCUACACCUACGCUCCCGGUGCCGGCAGACCUGCCAGCCCGCUCCCGCCAGGCCACCAGCACGGUCAGCAGCUCGCCCACCAUCCACCGCCUCUGAAUACCGGCGUGGGCGUCCCAUACCCUACAGGUGGCAUGUCCUCUGCCCCUCCUCCGCCGGGGUAUGGUGGCUAUCCGCCUCAGUCGGCCGGACAGGGCCAUGGCAUCCCACAGCCCCUCGCGCCCUUUCGGGGGCAUACCGGAGAGCUCGACAACCAGGCGCGGAGCAAGGCACAGCUGAUUGUGGGUAUUGAUUUUGGUACCACUUUCUCUGGCGUUGCCUAUGCUUUUGCGACCAAUACGGAGGCGCGAGAGGAUAUCAUCACCGAGUGGCCGGGUGCUGGCACACAUACCAAACAAAAGAUACCUACAGUGCUAUACUACGACCAGUAUCAAAAGGUCGUGGGUUGGGGGCCUGAUAUUGCCGAUGCUCUCGCUCCCACCGGAUACCCAAAAGCAGGCGUACAAAAGGUAGAAUGGUUCAAGCUACAGCUCAUGUCUUCCGGCGGAAAUACCUACAUCGACCCCAUAAACCUCCCCCCUCUACCGCCAGGGAAAUCGGAAAUCGAUGUUGCGGCUGACUACCUCUUCCAUCUACGCGGUGCCAUGCGAAACCAGCUCCAGAAGACGCUGGGUGAGGUAUUUAACCGUGAAGAACGCAACAUCCGCUACUUCUUGACUGUCCCCGCCAUCUGGAACGACGCUGGUAAGGCCGCGACUCGUGCUGCCGCCAUCCAGGCCGGUUUCCUGCGCGAUGAAAACGAUAAUCGUCUCACCCUGAUCACCGAACCAGAGGCUGCCGCCAUGUUCUGUGCAAAGACUGGUCUCCUCAACCUCAAGAUCCAUGAUGCGAUCCUCAUCGUCGACUGUGGUGGUGGAACCGUCGAUCUCAUCGCCUACGAAGUUGAUGAGGAGACCCCAUUCAGCGUCUGCGAGUGUACGGCCGGUUCUGGUGACAGCUGUGGUUCCACCGCCCUCAAUCGUAAUUUCAGUAACAUCCUGCGGGCAAAGAUCAGAAAGAUGAAGCUGCCUGAUGGCUCGCGCACGGCCGGAAAGGUAUAUGCCAAGUGUAUCAUGGAUUUUGAGAACAGAAUCAAGGCCGAUUUCAGGAAUAACGGGCAAAAGUGGGCCGUUGACGUAGGUAUCGAGGCUGACUUCCCGGAGGCCGGCAUUGAGGAAGGUUACAUGACCUUUACCAACGAGGAGAUCCUGCAAUGUUUCGAGCCCGUGGUCAAUCGUAUUUUGGAGCUGGUUAGGAACCAGAUCAUUGCCAUCCAGGCACAGAACAGGCCAUUGCAAAACGUCCUUGUCGUCGGUGGAUUCGGUGCAUCGGAAUAUCUCUUCCAGCAAAUAAAACUUCAUGUCCCCCCACAGUACCAGUCCAAGGUCGUCCGCCCCAUGGACUCCGUUGCCGCCAUCGUAAAGGGAGCUGUAACAGCCGGUAUUACCGAGCGUGUUGUUACCUCCCGUGUGGCCCGUAGACAUUACCUAAUGGCCACACUGCAGCCGUUCAAGGAGGGCCAUCACCCCGAGCAAUACCGCGUCCCGUCUCUUGACGGGAAGGACAGAUGCAAAUACACACGCCAGAUAUUCGUGCAAAAGGGUGAACGUAUCAAGAACGGCGAACCUGUCAAGGUCAGCUUCUUCAGACAGGUAGCGCCCGGUGCGACACUGAUGUAUGAGGAUAUCCUAUACGCCUGCGACGAGGAUGUCUGUCCGGAAUAUACCAAGGAUCCACGAAUCAAGGAAGUUGUCACUCUCACGUCCGACUUGUCUCGCAAAAACCUAGAAAAGGACUUUGAGCGUAUGGACACGCCCCAGGGUACUUUCUAUCGUGUCUACUUCGACAUUUACCUAACACUGGACGGAAUCAUGCAAGAGGACAACCCAAAAAAAGCCGAUGAAAACAAAUAA